AUGUCCUUCACUUCGUUUGUUGAUGCCCUUCGGGCCGGCAAGAAGCCGCAAUUCCCCAGCAAUGCAGUCUCUGCCGAGUAUGCCGCUCAGAUGGAUGCUCAAGACGAGCUCAGUCGGUUCCGGGAUGAGUUCAUCAUUCCGACCAAGGCAUCAUUGAAGAAGACUGCCCUAGACGGCACGAUACCAGGCGUCUCAAAAGUUCUCAAUGGCACUAGCAAUGGAACCAAUGGCCACACAAACGGACACAGCGCAAGUGACGCUGAUGCUCCCGGCAUUUACUUUUGCGGUAACUCGCUAGGUUGCCAGCCGAAAGCAGUUAGAAAAUACCUCGAGGCACAGCUGGAGACAUGGGGAUCUAUCGGCGUGCACGGCCACUUCAAUAGCAUGAGCAACUCGCCUCUUGUCUGCUGGCAAGACAUGGCCGAGGACUGCGCCAAGAAGUCUGCCGACAUUGUCGGUGCUUCUCCCAGUGAAAUUGUCAUCAUGAACACUCUCACGGCCAACCUUCACAUGCUCAUGGCCAGUUUUUACAAGCCAACAGAAAAGAAGCACAAGAUCAUCCUCGAGUGGAAGCCCUUUCCUUCUGACCAUUACGCCAUUGAAUCGCAAAUACAGUGGCAUGGUCUUGACCCGGCCAAGUCCAUGGUGCAGAUCCAGCCAGAUGAGAACUUUUACAUCUCCACGGAGAAGAUCCUGGCUACCAUUGACGAGCACGCCGAGGAAACGGCACUCCUUCUCCUUCCCGGUAUCCAGUACUACAGCGGCCAGCUCUUUGACAUUCCCCGGAUAACCAAGUACGCCCAGGAGAAGGGCCUGGUGGUCGGAUGGGACCUGGCGCACGCAGCCGGCAACGUAGAACUCUCGCUGCACGACUGGAACGUCGACUUUGCCGCCUGGUGCACGUACAAGUACAUCAAUGCGGGCACAGGCUCCAUUGCCGGCGCCUUUGUGCACGAGCGCCACGGCAAGGUCGAGUUCGACCCCGAGACCGGCAAGCCCGUCUACCGCCACCGCCUGACGGGCUGGUACGGCGGCGACAAGUCGGUGCGCUUCAACAUGGACAACAAGUUCCUCCCCACCGUCGGCGCUGGUGGCUUCCAGGUCUCGAACCCCUCGGCCAUUGAUCUUGCCGUGCUGUCGGGUGCUCUCUCGGUGUUUGGCCAGACGAGCAUGAAGGCCCUGCGAUCCAAGGCCCUGGUCAUUACGGCCUAUGCUGAGCACCUGCUCAACGAGAUUGUGGCCAGCGACAAUGGUGCAGAGCCUGCUCUGCGCAUCAUCACACCGGCAAACCCGCUGGAGAGGGGAACGCAGCUCAGUGUGCUCCUCCGAGCUGGUCUGAUCGAUCGGGUUGCGGAGUCAUUUGUGGAGAAUGGCAUCGUCUGCGACAAGCGCAAGCCGGACGUGAUCAGAGUCGCGCCGGUGCCUCUGUACUGUACAUUUUCGGACGUCUUCAAAUUCAUGGAGACGUUGAAGAAGGUGAUUGCUUCAUCUUAG